AUGAAUAAAAGAAAAGCAAAGUUGGAGCAGCUGAGAGCCAAGAUGGUGCGUGCGUUCUUGAAACGUUCAUCUACGAAAGCCAAUCGUGCUUACCUCAUUGAGGAGUCUGCUAGAGCAAAGAUAAUGGUGAGGGAUGCUGCACGACUAGAACGUCAGCGGAAACUUGCGGAGGCCGAGGAUCGGGGGGAGGAUACAAUAAAAGAGAACGAUAAUUGGGAAAAGAGGAAAGCGAGAAAAGCACGAAGAGCAGACUACGAGUUUCAUGACGAUACACACGCGGCUCGACGGCGCUACAAGAAGGAUCUUGACCUAAUUAAACCAGACCUCACUGUAUACAGCCGACAGAAAGAAGUCGUACUGGGGUUGGCGCUUGGUUCGCUUGCCAAUUCUGGGUGCAGUUCAUCUGCUCUCAUAGCCUUUGAUCCGUCAGGUGGACAAAUUGUCCCGUCUGCUGAACAACGGAGGGCCGCAGAAAGCUUCUACCGAGAUGCCAAUACUCUACUUUAUGCUGACAACAAACCUACUGAAGAUGACAUUGAUAAAGUGGUUGCUAAGAUGAAUAGAGACAUCGACAAGAAAGGCAAAUUUUCCCGAAAGAGACUCAAUGAGGAUGAAGGGGACAUUACUUAUAUCAAUGAGCAGAAUCGGGUGUUCAACAAAAAGAUUGCACGAUACUACGAUGAAUAUACCUCAGAGAUUCGGGCCAGUUUCGAGCGGGGAACAGCAUUAUGAUCCCUCACAUCUCGAGCCAGGUCUUGACAAGUAAUGACUGACUUCCUUCUUUCGAGGUCUGACUACGGGAGAGUACUUGCACUUAGAGUACCCACAUUUACUCACUGUAAUCUUAAUUCAUGACUUUAUAUUUACGUCGACAUCGUGCCCUGUACAUUGUUUUGAGAUCUGGAUUACCU